GGCUCCGGCUCCGGCUCCGGCUCCCAGCCGGGGCCAUGGCAGCGGAGCGGGGUGAGGAGGCUCCCGCCCGCCGCAAAGGUGACAUUUUAGAUGAGGCAACAAGGAAAGACCUUUUCACUGACACUUUCUGUAAGGUUUGCAGGGCAGUGCUGCAGUUUGAGUCUGAAAGGACAUCACACUACAAGGGCAAAAAACAUGCUCAGAAAGUUCAUAUUUACAUCCAAAUGCAUGGCGAAAAAGAUAAGAGGCAGAAGAAAGCAGAUGGUAUCAAUUUUCAGAUGGAUGGGAGUGAAGUAGUGGACAAAAACAAGUACUGCAGUCUCUGCAACGUGUUGUUUACUUCCCCAGUCGAUGCUUUGUCUCACUACUUGGGAAAGAUCCACACUAAAAAGGUGAAGCAAUCCUCAGAGGGAGCCCACAUGCCAGCACAGGGCAUGCAGAUUGUUCCUGCUUUACAGCAGCCAUCAGCUGAGAAGCCCUUGCAGCCUUCAGGAGCUGAAGAGUCUUCAUCAUCCUCCGACACAAGGUUGAAGUUAAAUGAUCCAAACAAGUUCUGCAGGCUCUGCUGUGCUUCCUUUAAUAAUCCACUUAUAGCCCAGCGGCAUUAUAGUGGUAAGAAACACAGAAGAAACGAAACACGGAAAAAGAUCCUGGAGGAACUAGGAGACAAAGCUGUCCCUGCAGAAUCCAGCACAGGGGUAAUUGGAGCUGGUUAUUACACAUGCUCCAUAUGUAAUGUCACACUUACUUCUAUAGAAACAUACCAGUCCCACCUGCAAGGAAAGAAGCACCGGAUUAGAGAAACAAAGCUGGCCAACCUCGUGAAGAAACCAGAGAAAACCAAUGACUCCUUGCAAGAGGAAUUAACAGAUUCCAUGAAAGUUCAGGAGGCUAAAGAUCAAGAGCCAAGGAGGUGUUUAGUAAAAGCAGAAAAGGAAUGGAUUCAAGAUACAAACAUUGAAGGUGAAAGUGACCUUGGUGAGGUUCCAUCUUCGAACUCUAAACAAGGACAUUCCAGCCUUAUCUCGAACACCCAGUCACCUACAAAUACUGGGGAAAAGAGCUCACCAAGUUGGCCAUCAGCACGUGAGCACACAGUAGAAACACCUAAUUGUUGCUAUAACAAGGGAUACUGUAAAGAAGAGCAAUCUGAGGUGGCCAUCAUCAGUGAUAAGAGCGUCAACCUGUUGGCUGCAGAUCCUACAGACUGCUACAACUUUACACUUGCUGAAACUUCUACCAACUCCUACAGAAAAGAACAGAAAUCUCAGAUAAAACAUUUCAAGGAGGAAGAAGAAUCCAUCAGUGAAGAGCCGAAGUAUGAAAAAGAAGCCCCAAAGUGGAAAAGAAAGAAAAGUAGUGAAGGUGCAGAUCUUGGAAGAGAAAAUGAGAAGUUGAAUGAAAAACAAAAGAGAAUGAAAGUUGAGCUGGGCUUGGUGAAAAAGAAGAAAUCAAGACCUUACAAAGACAAAAUACUUAAAGAGAACCCUGCCGAAAAAACCAGCAAAAAUCCCAAGAAGGAUAAAGAGAAGCCACAAAGAGAGGGCAAAACAGAAGAGGAGCUACUUUGGGUUGAAUCUUUGGGAUAUUGAGAAAGGUUUUGCUUAGCUUUAAGAAGUUGAUUCUGUUUGUAGACUCACCCAUUUUGUACUAUACCAUCACUUUUUUGGGUAUUAAAGCAAAAAGUUUUGUUCCAAUCUGGGAGUGAGAAAAAUCCUGUCUUCUGAAAUGUUGGGGCCAUAGUUAGGAGUCAGUUUUAAUCCUCUAACACAUACAGUAGCCAUUGCAGUUAUGUGAGUUUAAAAGCUUGUAAUCUCUUCUGGAAUAUAUCACAAAUAAACAGCAGUAGUUUAGAGAAUACUGCUGGAAUUUCACCAAAAUGUAUAUGUUAUUUCUAGUGUUAAUGGUGCCUACUGUUGAGGUGUCUGUUACUCUUCACUACAGUGUUCCCAGCCAUGUCUGUCACCAUUUCUCUGCCAGAAGGAGAAUGUGAAAGGCAUUUGAUUCCAGAUCUUACUUGCUGUUGGGUCUUUGUGGGGGUUGGUUUUGGUUUGGCUUGUUUCUGAAGGGAAAAUGAGUCCAUUAAACAUGCAAAUGGUUGUCAGAU